AUGAUGAUGAUACUUCUCUUGUGCUUCAUAUUUUUCAUUGCCAUUCUCUUCAUAAAAAAACAAACGACAGGGAAGAAAAGCAACAAAUGGCCAUCACCCCCGAGACUUCCGUUGAUCGGAAACCUUCAUCAGCUCGGCAAACAUCCUCACCGAUCAAUGUACCACCUCAGCCAACGUUACGGAGAUCUCAUGCUUCUUCAUUUUGGCACUGUCCCCAUUCUUAUAGCCUCUUCCGCCGAUGCUGCUCGAGACGUUCUGAAGACGCAUGACCGCGUCUUCGCGAGCCGUCCACAUUCGAAAAUCUACCAUAAGCUUCUUUACGGGAGCCGUAACAUGGCCUCAGCUCCUUACGGAGAGUACUGGAGACAGAUGAAGAGUGUGAGCGUCCUCCAUCUCCUCAGCAACAAAAUGGUGCGAUCCUUCCGUGACGUGAGACAAGAAGAGCUCAGUCUCCUGAUGGAAAAGAUCCGGGAAUCGGGUUCAUCGCCGAUGAAUCUAAGCAAGCUCAUGUCGACUUUAACCAACGAUGUUAUAUGUAGAGUUGCUUUGGGACGUAAGUAUGGUGCUGGAACAGAUUUCAAAGAGAUGAUAGACAGGCUCAUGAGGCAGUUGGGUACGUUUACGGUCGGGAGUUUUGUACCGUCCCUUGCGUGGAUUGAUUGGAUCUGCGGUUUGGAUGCUCAACUGGACAAGACCGCAAAUGAUUUUGAUGAGCUCUUGGAGAAAAUUGUGCAAGAUCAUGAAGAUGGAGACGGCGAUAAGGCUGAUUUCGCCGAUGUAUUACUCGCCGUUCAGAGAGAGAAUAGCGCAGGGUUUGAGAUCAACCGGUUAAGCAUAAAGGCAAUCCUCUUGGAUGCAUUUGUGGGUGGUACAGACACAUCCUCAACGCUUUUGGAAUGGGAAAUGACAGAGCUUCUACGUAACCCUGAGUAUAUGAAAAGGCUUCAAGAAGAGGUCCAUACAGUUUGUAAGGGAAGAACAAGUGUUUCGGAAGACGACAUUCAAGACAUGAGCUACUUAAGAGCAGUGAUCAAAGAGACACUCAGGCUGCAUCCACCAGUUCCAUUGAUGGUUCCUCACGAGUCAACAGAAGAUGACAUACUGAGAGGUCACCACGUACCGGCCGGUACGCAGGUUAUGAUCAAUCUCUGGGCGGUCGGGAGAGAGGUUGCGACGUGGGGACCAGACGCGAAUGAGUUCAAACCGGAGAGGCAUUUGGAUUCGCCUGCUGAUUUCCGGGGUCAGGAUUUUGAGCUGAUUCCGUUCGGAGCAGGGAGAAGGAUGUGCCCGGGGAUAUCAUUUGCUGUGGUGCUGAAUGAGGUGGUUUUGGCUAACUUGAUGCAUGGGUUUGACUGGGGAUCCACAGAAGAUCAUGAGACCGAAGUUGCUGAAUCAAUCGGUGCCGUGAUUCGCCGCAUGUCCCCUCUUUACGUGACUGCAUCCCCUACUACUUGA